AUGAACAAAGCAAACAAGUCAGAAGCAUAAAAAUCUUAGAAGUCUUAAGAGACUAAAAACUUAGUCUAGAGCUCAACCCCAACAACUUCCUCACCUAUUGAACAUCUAAACAGACAUGAAAAUAGUAACUUAAAAUAUGAUCAAGAUGAGGAAAAAUCAUAAAUAGAGCCAAUGUCCCAAAAAGCUUCUUAAAAGAAUGGAAGAGAUUUGAGUAUGGAUUAAUCUAUAGACAAAUCUAGUAAAAAGGGAAGAAAACCAAAGGGAAGCCAAGAUAUUCCUAAUGAUGACACAAUGGAGAGAAGUGUAAAGAAGCCGAAUAGGGAUCAUUGUAAUGAAUGCAAGGAUGGGGGUGAUCUUCUUUGUUGUGAUAACUGUGUAAGAUCAUUUCACAUAAAGUGCUGUGGCUUGAAAAUUGUUCCUGAUGAAGAUUGGUAUUGCAAAAUUUGUGUGCCGAUAGUAGAAAAGAGAAAAUAGUUGGAGGAUGAGAAAAGAAAGAAGGCUCAAGAAAGAGAGUAACAACUUGAAGAAAAAAGAAUUUAGAGAGAAAAAGAAUCGAAAUUAAAAGAGUAAGAAAUAGAGAAAAAAAGAGAAGAAAAAAGAUUAGAAAAAUAGAGAUAAGAAGAAGAGAAAUAAAGAUAGAGAGAACAAAAGCUUAAAGAACUUCUAGAAUUGAAGGCUAAAAAGCAAGAGGAAUAACAAUAGAAAGAGUUAUAAUUGAAAUAGCAAUAGUUGUAAUAAUAGCAAUAGUAAUCCAAUGCUAGCAGCCAAUAACAAUAACUUAGUGUUAAAGAAGGAAAAGCUGAAAAUUCUCAUGACUCUAAAGGUAUUAGUCCUAAUAGAUCUAAAAUGAAUGGAUAGGAAACACCGAAUGAUUUGUCAGCAUCUGUUAAUAUCAAGAAGAAAAUCCCUAGUACAGGAAAUGGAUUAACUAAUGGCGCAUCAUCUAAUCAAAAGAAAUCCGAUGAAAAAUCUGAAGCAGAGAGGGCAAAAGAGGCUAAAAUGAGAGAAUAUAGAAAUUAAUUGAAAAUAUUCUCAAAUAUUUAUCCUGAAUAGGUAGAAAAAAAUUAAAUCAAGUACCCGAUAGAGGAUAAACUCAUUAAAAAGAUGCCUUUAUUGCAUGGAGCUGACACCUUUCCUGAAAAACCAUAACUUAAGCAAGUAUUGAUUGACGGAGCAUCUUUUGAAAGAUUACUUUAUAUUUGGGAGUUUCUCAACAACUUUGGAGAUUUUAUGAACCUGUAAAACUUUAAAUUUGAAGAACUUUAAGUAGCACUAUCAUUCAACUAAUAGCCUGAUCAAGUUUAACUCUACAGCCAGCAAGAUUUAGAAGACUAAGAACCAGAUUGGGAAGAAUAAAUUAAUAAUAAGACUGUAUCUGAGUAAGGAUUCGGUCUUAUUAACUCUAUUCAUGUGGCAAUAGUUAACGUUUUCAUGAAUGAACUUAAGCAUUAAGAAGAAAAACUCAAAGCUUCUAAUGAAGCUAAUAACAAAGAGAAUGUAGAUGAAGAAGAGGAUAUUUUGAUUGAGGAAGUCAGGAAAAACUUUGAUAAACCAGAGUUAAUUUGGCCCGAGCUGAUCAGACUUAUUUUAAAAUCCCAGAAAAAGUUUGAUUUUUAUCCACUAGAUCCACAUAUCGCUUCAAUAUGUGAUAGAUUAGCUAGUUGCACGCCUGAAACUUAUUCAAGCAAACUUUCCUAUAUUGAUAAAGCAGAGUUACUAGAAUGUUUAAUUGAUGGUAUCCAUGAUUUAGACGACUUUAGAAUAUUCUUGAAUCAAAGAGUUGAAGAAAAAUCAUCUUAUAAUAAACAAAAAAUGGAUCUAUAUGGAGAGAUAAAAUAACUAGAAAAUUAAAAAUAGGAGCUUAUAAAAGAACAUGCUAACAAUAAUUUCUUUAACAAUUCAGAAGAAAUUUUAAACAAGAUUGAGGACUUAAAAAAAUAAUUAGGUUAAGCUAAUAGAAUUCAAAGUAAAAUCAUUCAUUAGCAAAUUCAAGAACUUCAAAGUGAAAAGAAUAAGAUAAUGAAGGAGAUGCAAAAAAUAGAGGAUCAAAUUGAAAAACGCUAAAUGAGGAUAGAGAAAUUAAAUGAAUAAGCACACAAAACUUCAAUUAAAACUUCAAUGUUGGGUAAAGAUGCAGAAAAAAACGAAUAUUGGUUUUUCAAGGAGGAGCCUGGAAAGUUGUUUGUCAAGAAAUAUGAGGAGAUUAGAAGGUCAAAACAUGUUGAGGUAAAAAUUAAUGAUCUAGUAGAGGAAAGGAAAGAAGAAAAUGUUAUCUAACAAGAUCAAGCAAUGAUAGAUGAGGAAGAGGAGCAAGUUGACAUAAUAUUUAAAUGGUUCUACUAUGACUUAGAGGAUGAAUUUGAAAAGCUAAUUGAAGCAUGCAACAUCAAAGGUUAAAGAGAGAGAAAAUUAUAAGAGAAUUUAAGAAAGAUUAGAGACAGAGUUAAGCUAAGAAAAAGCAAAAAAUAAGCUGCAUAACCUCCAUAACCAGCAGGCUCAUCUGUACUUGGCAUUUAAAAUGAUCAACAACUCUAAUAAAAACAGUAGGAAAAGUAGGAAGAUUCGUCAAUCAUUCAAUUAAAUGACCAGGAGAAGAAAGAAGAAUAAGACGCUGAGAUGGAAGAGGAAUCUUAACAAGAAGUGGCUUAAAAUAAACACGCUCUAUUCGAAAAUGAUAACUAUUAUUAAGCGCUAACAAAUGCAAUUUGGUUUAACAAGAAAAUGCCGACUAAGAGGUAGGUCAUGAUGGAAAAUAAGGCAAUAAUGGUCAGAUAAGGCAGAGGAGGCGUUUAAAAGUAAGCUUAAUAGCCUAGAGAUGAGGAAAAAGUAACAUUCGAAUCUUUGAGAAACAAUAUCUUAUCCAUUGAAGAAUUAUAUACUGAUUCAAGUUUACAGUUCUAAAGAGAGUGGGAUCACAAAAUUGUUAGAGAUAAAAUAAAGGAGUAAAUUGUUAUGGCUUAGACAGUUGAUGACUUGUAGUAAUUACUACUAAGACUUGAUCAGGGUUUUAGUAGUCCUCACAUUCUUAAAUAUGUGAACAAAGAAAACUAGAAUGAAUCUGAUGAUGAUCAAAACCAGUAAGAUAGUUAGCAAGAAAGUGAUGACUAAAAAAUGGAUAAUGAGGAGAGUAAAAUGAUGAAUGGAGAAGGCUAAGAUUUCGACAAGAAUGUUAGAAGAAUUAAGUCAAAGUUCUUAAAGUUCUGGCCCAGCAAGGAACUUAGAGAUGCUUGGAGAUAAUAUGUAUUCUAGGAGUGCCAAGAUGGAAAUGUUAAUGCAUUGUAUAUAGCUGUGAGAAUUUUGGAAAAGAUAAAUGGAUAAUUCCUAUAGAAGCAACUUGAUGGACUUUACAAGAAGCAAAAGAAAGAGCAAAAGAUCAAUCAGAACAAAGGACAAAAACCUUAAUAAGUAUCAAAUCAAGCUGAGAAAAUGCAAUCAAGAAAGAAUAAAAGUUAUAAGCAAUUCUUUGAAGAUGAAGAGAGUGGCUCAGAGGAUGAGAGGUCUAAUGAUAGAAGCAGAAGAAGCGCAAAGCCACAGGGGCCUGGUCGAGGAAGAGGAAAGAAAAGAGUUGAGGAAUCAGAAGAUGAAUCUUAGGAUGAGAAGAUAGACAACAGUGAUGAAGAGGAUGAAGAAGAAGAGGAUAGCAGAGAGUGGGAUGAUGCCUGCUAUGUGUGCAUGAAAGGUGGUAACGUUUUAUGCUGCGAAACCUGCUCCCAUGUUGCCCAUUUGUAAUGUGCAAACCUUAAAAAGUCUCCUCAAGGAGAAUGGCACUGUGAGGAAUGUUUAAUUAAGCAAACAUAAAGAAGAACAACUAGAGGUUAGAGUAACCUCUAUGUCAAGCCUAAAAACGGAUAUAGAAGAUGA